AUGUUCUUGGGGGCCAAAUGGUUGAUUGAAGACCCUUUGCAGAGGCUUUACAUUGUGGACUUUAAUAUGGAUUUUACAACACCAACUCUCCUUCAAGGUUGGGGUGCAGUUGUUUCAUUCUAUGGCUUGGAUGAGAACACAUUGGAAAUUGCUGUGAUUGACCAACAAUUCGUGCUUAACUGGGCUAAUGUUCUUGGGGCCAAAUGGUUGAUUGAAGACCCUUUGCAGAGGCUUUACAUUGUGGACUUUAAUAUGGAUUUUACAACACCAACUCUCCUUCAAGGUUGGGGUGCAGUUGUUUCAUUCUAUGGCUUGGAUGAGACACAUUGGUGUGUCCUCCAAAUGGUUGCUGCAUCUCAUUUCCACAUGAGGAUUUUUGACUUAUUGGACAAUGAGAUUAGCUAUGAUCCCUUUCGAGCACCUGUAGAAGGUUCUGGGUCUGUCAGGGGGGAAGAAGAUGAAGUCGAGAGCGUCCGGAUAGACCGCUCUGAAGAAGAUGCUUUGUCAGAAGCUUUAGCCCUUGUGCCAUAUGCUCCACCACCCUCUAGCACUGAUAUUUCUGUUGAGGCCGAGCAAGAGCUUGAAAUGGUGGCUCACCUGGGAGGAACAACUGUGCAAGCAAAUGAAGGGCCACCUCAGUAUCGCAUGCACCUCAACACGACUCUGACCCCGUACCGUGCGUACGGAAGUCAGUAUAACUUACCUCGAAAGGUGGCUGAAUAUGUUCGCCAAAACGGACGUCAGCCCUGGGUCAUAAGAGGACCAACUGGAAUUAAGAAGGACAUCAACAUCCUUUUCAGGCCAGAUAAAACCUACACUAAACUUGGAAAGGGUUGGAGAAAAUUUUGUAAACUUCAUGACAUUCAGCAUGGUCAGAAGAUGUCAAUGCACUUCACUGAUGGUGUAUCCAGGUUGAUUGAUGUGGAGAUUUUCAAGUUGAAUCAUGAAUUUUCCAUACCACCUGUUGCUGAACUUUCUGAAUUUGGAGAUAGGGAUUCUUCACCUGGGCACAAUCAGGAAAGUUUUGUUAUGGACUCUUCAUCUGUGCAUAGGGACACGCCUGGCGAAGAUAAGGUCCAAGGUUCAAAGUCUAGGAAGAUGAGUUGCAGUCCAUUGUUAUCAAAUAUAACAAAUAUCAUGUCAGUUCCAAAUGAUGGAAGAUCCAGUGGGAUGCGUUUGGAUAGAGCAAUCAACAUUCCAGGUGCCACUCCUAACGAGGGAUAUACAAAAAGCACAUUUUGCGGGUUUCAUUCAACAUCUUCUUCCAAUUUGACUCACAUUUCGAUUUUGCAAGAUGUCCACUCCAAUGGUUCCCUAAAAACUGCUGAAGACAUUAUUAUAACCCAGCAGAGUGCAGCUGCAAGGUUAAGGAGAAUACAACAUGUCAAAAUCAAAAGAAGCUGCUUGGUCAUGGACAAAGAAAAUUUUCCACAACGUGAUUCCAACACAGGAACACGUGAUUCCCCCAGACUGAAGGUCAAGAAAAGAAAUAUUGGUAAAAGACCGAAUAUAGCACAGUCUAGAGCAAGUUCCUCAAAGAGUUCUGUUGUUAAGACUAAGCCUGGGGAAGGUGUAUCUCUGUGUCGGAAACUGGUUUCUGAGUUCAAUGCAGCUGCUAAUUCUCCACUUAAUGUUCCAAACAUAUACGACGAUGCUGAGUUAAUAGACGAGGUAGACCUUGGAGAUGCAUCUUUUCUGUGCAGAAUUUGCCAUGCUCAGAUGUGGUAUGAAGAACGAAUAGACAAAAGUAAGCAGUCUAAUAAUCCCGAAUUCUAUCGGUGUUGUAUGAAAGGAAAGGUGGUCUUACCAUUUAUAUCUAAGCCGCCACUGUUGUUGUAUAAUUUGCUUCAUGGUAUAGAUUCCCGAUCAAAACACUUUAAGGAUAAUAUUAGAGCAUAUAAUAGUAUGUUCGCCUUUACUUCAAUUGGUGGGAAGGUUGAAUCCUCUUUGAACAAUGGUGGAGGCCCCCCUCAAUUUGUGUUGAGUGGCCAAAAUUAUCACAGAAUUGGUACUCUAUUACCUCAAGCCGGUCAAUCACCAAAAUUUGCCCAACUUUAUAUCUAUGACACACAGAAUGAAAAUUCCAAUAGAAUGAAGCCGUUUAACUCAAUGAACACAGCGGAGAAUUUGGAUAUAUCAUUAGUUGAGGAUUUAAAGCAAAUGAUUGAUGAGAACAAUGUUUUAGCAAAAUCAUUUCGCAAAGUGCGAGAUUAUAUCAAUGAGAAAGAAUCUUCGUCAUUUGCUUUGAGACUUUUUCGGAAGCGAGGUAAGGACCCCCGAACAUAUAACCUUCCUACGUCUGACGAGAUUGCAGCACUUAUUGUAGGAGAUUUUGAUACAGUUGAAGUUGGUCGUGAUAUUAUUGUCAAAAAAGAUGGUGUCCUUUCUAGGAUUCACGAAACUCAUACUUCGUUUAUUCCUUUACAAUAUCCUUUGAUAUUUCCUUAUGGCGAAGAUGGUUGGCAAGAAGAUAUUCCUUUAUCUGGUAUUUCUGCUACUACUAGCUCUCGCUUGAAACCUCGCGUCACAUUGAGAGAAUUCAUAACAUUCAGAAUUCAAGAAAGGAAUAAUGAGUAUGGGAAUGUGGUUUUAUGCAGAAGGCUUUUUCAACAAUUUGUGGUUGAUUGCUUUACUAUGAUUGAAUCACAAAGGCUUUCAUUUAUUAGAAAUAAUCAAAAACUGAUUCGAGCAGAUUUUCUCAAUGGCCUUGAAGAAGCAAUGUCUAGAGGAGAAACUGAUCCAAGUUUUUUAGGGACGCGUAUUGUGCUCCCAGCAUCCUUUAUUGGUGGAAAACGCUAUAUGUUUGAUUGUUGUCAGGAUGCAAUGGCUAUAUGCAAGCGUUAUGGUUAUCCUGACCUUUUCAUUACUGUCACCUGCAAUUCUGCAUGGAAAGAAAUUGAUAGAUUUGUGCGACCACGAAAUGUUCGUGCUGACGAACGUCCUGAUGUUUGUUGUCGAGUGUUUAAAAUCAAACUUGACCAUUUAAUAGCAACCUUGAAGAGUGGCAUCAUCUUCGGACCUUUGGAUGCAGGUAUGUAUACAAUUGAAUUCCAAAAAAGAGGAUUACCCCAUGCUCAUAUUUUGUUAUGGCUUUCUAAAGAGAACAAAUUAGUAACAACUUCUGACAUUGAUAAAUGCAUUUCUGCUGAGAUUCCUGACCCAAUAUUAUAUCCUAAAUUAAACAACGUUGUGUCUACUUACAUGUUGCAUGGGCCUUGUGGUUCGGGACAUUACAAAUCUCCUUGCAUGACAGAUGGAAAGUGCAGUAAAUUUUUUCCGAAAAAAUUCCAAGAAAGCACUAUAAUUGAUGAUGAUGGUUAUCCUGUUUAUAAAAGAAGAGACACUGGAGUUUAUGUGGACAAGAAAGGUAUUCGCAUGGAUAAUAGUUUUGUUGUCCCUUAUAAUCCUCAAUUACUCAUGUUAUACAAUGGUCAUAUCAAUGUUGAAUAUUGCAACAAGUCAAAUGCAAUCAAAUAUCUCUUCAAAUAUGUUAGCAAAGGGCCGGAUAGAGUAAAUGUUGAGAUAUCCAAUCAGAACAAAGAUUGCACGGAGACUGAGGUCAAAGAUGAAAUUAAACAAUAUUAUGAUUGUAGAUACCUUACUCCGUGUGAAGCAGUUUGGAGGACAUUGAAAUUAUUUAUUCAUGUCAAAUGGCCUUCGGUUAAAAAAGUGACAUUUCAUCUUCCAAAUAAACAAAGUGUUUGUUUUAAAGAUCAUGAUGAUUUAAAGCGCGUGGUAGACAAGGCUACUGAAAAAGACACUAUGUUUAUAGCUUGGAUGAAAGCCAAUUGUAAGUAUGGUGAAGGAAAAGCGUUUACAUAUGCAGAGUUCCCAUCCCAUUUUGUAUAUGAUGAAGACACUCAUUCAUGGCAUCCAAGGAAGAAAGGGACAUCUAUUGGAAGACUCCAAUAUAUUCCUCAUGGAGUUGGUGAACUUUAUUACUUGAGAAUUUUAUUGACUCUACAGAAAGGUUGCACAAGUUGGGAGAGCAUUCGCACUGUGGAUGAUGUUGAAUAUCCUACAUUUCGUGACGCAUGUUACGCCUUAGGAUUAUUAGCUGAUGAUAAGGAAUUCUUAGAUGCAAUUACGGAAGCAAAUGAAUUAGCAUCAGGUACCCAGCUGCGAAAGUUCUUUGUAAUGUUGCUUACAACAAACACAAUGAGCAAACCUGAAUUUGUGUGGGAAAAGUCUUGGAGAAUUUUGUCUGACAGUAUAGUUUAUGAAAGGAGGAAAAAGCUGCGCAAUUCAGAUCUUCAUAUAAAUGAUGAUGAUUUAAAGAAUCUUUGUUUAAUAGAAUUGGAGAAACUACUGCAUAUGAAUGGAAGAUCUUUAAAAGAUUAUCCAUGCUUACCAUUUCCACACUUAUUUGAUGACUCCCAAUUUGAGAACAAAUUUGUAGCGGAUGAAUUGAAUUAUGAUAAAGCUGAAAUGGAAGAUUUGCACAAAUCAUUACUCAAUUCAUUAACUGCUGAACAACAUAAGAUAUACAAAUCCAUAAUGGAUGCAGUUAUGAAUAGAGCUGGAGGUCUCUUUUUCUUAUAUGGUUUUGGAGGUACUGGUAAGACCUAUUUGUGGAAUACAUUAUCAGCUGCUGUUAGGGCACAAGGGUUGAUUGUAUUAAAUGUUGCUUCAAGUGGUAUUGCUUCUUUGCUUUUACCUGGUGGCAGAACUGCACAUUCUAGGUUUUCUAUUCCAAUUUCUAUAAAAGAGAGUUCAACUUGCAAUGUAUCACAAGGUUCUUUAAAGGCAGAGUUGUUACAAAAAACAAGUUUGAUCAUAUGGGAUGAAGCACCCAUGCUCAAUAAAUGGUGUUUUGAAGCAUUGGACCGGACUUUAAAUGAUAUAAUGAAGUCGCAUCAAAGUGUUGAUAGUGGCAUGCCUUUUGGGGGUAAAGUGGUGGUUUUGGGUGGAGAUUUUAGGCAAAUUUUGCCAGUUAUUCAGAAAGGAAGUCGUUCUGAAAUUGUUAGUGCCACAAUCAAUUCGUCUUAUCUUUGGAAGCAAUGUCAUGUGCUAAAACUUACCAAAAACAUGAGGCUUAUUAGCUCAAAAUGUCAUGAUGAAAAGAUUGAAAUUAAAAGGUUUGCUGACUGGCUAUUAGACAUUGGUGACGGAAAGGUGAAUACAAUUGAUGCAGAAGAUUCUACAAUUCAGAUUCCAGAUGAUCUUCUUAUUCUUGACUCUGAUAAUCCAAUUCAAAGUUUGAUUGACUUUGCUUACCCUCAAAUGCUGCAAAAUUUGAAUGAAAAGAAUUACAAAUUCUUUGAAGAUAGGGCUAUUUUGGCUCCUACAUUAGAAAGUGUAGAAAUUAUUAAUACUGAAAUGCUAGGUAAAAUUCCAGGUGAGAUUAAAGAAUAUUUGAGUUGUGAUACAACUUGCAGGUCAGAUGAAGACUCAGAGGUCGAAGCAGAAUGGUUCACAACUGAGUUCCUCAAUAAUAUUCAAUGUUCCGGUAUACCAAAUCACAAAUUGAGUUUGAAAGUGGGUGUCCCUAUUAUGUUGUUGCGCAACAUUGACCAAGCAGGUGGACUUUGUAAUGGUACUAGAAUGAUUGUUAAAGAUAUGGGAAAAAAUGUUAUUGUUGCCAAUGUAGUAUCAGGGAAGCAGUUAGGUGAGAAGGUUCUUAUAUCAAGAAUGGAUUUAGUACCUACAGACUCUGGUUUACCAUUUAAAUUUGUCAGGAGACAGUUUCCCAUUGCUUUAUGUUUUGCAAUGACGAUUAAUAAAAGUCAAGGUCAGACGCUUUCUCAUGUCGGUUUGUAUUUGCCUAAGCCAGUAUUUACUCAUGGACAGUUAUAUGUUGCCUUAUCAAGAGUAAAGUCCAGAAAAGGUCUCAAAAUUUUAUUGUUAGAUGAAGAUGGAUUAAUCUCAAAGGUCACCAAAAAUGUGGUAUACAAUGAAGUUUUUCAAAACGUUUGA